UGUGUGCGGACGUGUCGACGGAUCGAGCAGCGGUGGCAGUUGGUCCCAGUUGAGUGCUGACUAGUGUUGUUGUUUUUUUACAAAGUCUCUCAGCGUUUCAGCUACCGUGAACUCAGUAAACAUUUCGGUGUGUGAAUGUGUGUGUGUGUGAGCAAACGAAAAGUGUAAACAAAACAGAAACGAAGAGAGCAGUGCACAUUUGCGUGUUUUUUGUACGUGCGUGUGUGUGACGUCACAGCCAAGCGGCAGUACAGUGUAGCGGCUGAAUUAAUGACAUGAAAAUGAUCGGCAGCGAUUACGUUUUGGAGGCGCACAACAUUUUCCACACUACAGAGGUGGAUGGCGGUGGUUGCUUCAAUGGCGGCGGCAUCCCAGCGCUGGUGCUCAAAGGCGUCAACUUGACAGUGCACAGUGGUGAAGUGAUGGCCAUUUUGGGCUCCAAAGGCAGCGGCAAACGUGCCUUGUUGGAUGUCAUUGCACGUCGCGCUGAUGGCACAACGCGUGGCCAAGUUCUGCUCAAUGGUUCGCCGCUAACGAAAGCACUCUUUCAGCAACGUUGCGGCUAUGUGACACAAUCGUGCACUUUCAUACCGGGACUAACGGUGGCGCAGACGCUGCAUUACACGCCAACUAUACUUUCCGGUUACUUGAAAAGCUCAAAAGUACGUCAAGUCCUGGCCGACUUGGCGCUAUCUCAAGUGGCUCACAAACGUGUCGAAUAUUUGAAUAUGAGUGAAGCCCGUCGGCUAGCUAUUGGCAUACAGCUAGUAAGAGAUCCAGUUAUGCUCCUGCUCGACGAACCCACACAGGGCUUAGAUCCGCUCAGCGCUUAUUUGCUAAUAUCGAUACUUUCGAACAGCGCCAAGAAGACUGGUUGCGGUAUAUUGCUCUCUUUGGAAAAACCACGCUCCGACGUAUUUCCUUUUCUCGAUCGCGCAUUGUUUCUCUGCUUGGGCGGUGUAGUGUACUCGGGCGGUACGCGAGCAAUGCUCGAAUAUUUUCAUAGUAUUGGAUUUCCCUGUCCACAACUCGAAAACCCAUUGAUGUACUAUCUCUGCUUGAGCACUGUAGAUCGCAGAAGCCGCGAUCGCUUUUUAGAGUCCAGCCAGCAGAUUGAAGCUUUGGUGGAGCGGUUUUCGCGUGAAACUCCCAUGUCCGAUGCGCCGCUCAAUACGAUGGGUAGUGGUAAAGUGCCGUUGGCAUAUGGUAAACCCGGUGAAUUGAAAGUCUGGAUUAUGUUGUAUCUCAAACUACUUGCUUCAACCUUUUCGUGUGGCAUCUCCGGCAUGAAAGCGCUCUUCAUGCGCUUGCUGUUGCUGCCCAUAGCGAUGGCGCUCAUGUGGCUCUUUUACACCGAUGUGGGCGACGAUGCGCACGGCUUCUUCAGCAAGAAUGGCAUGAUACUCAAUAUUAUUGGUUUGGCCUACGGCUGUGGCACACUCACCACAAUAUCCCUAUUUCCAAUCUGGCGCAAACGUUUCUCACAGGACACACCUGAAGGUCUAUACUCGGGCGCUACUCUCUUGAUCGCCUACAACUCCAUAGCAAUACCCUUCUCGUUGAUAUCGGCGGUGUUUGCCAGUUGCGUCAUAUAUCCCCUGCUUCUGGAUCCGAAAUUUCCCAACGGCACCGUUUUCGCCUAUUUGUUGGUGGCGCUGUGGUCCAGCUUUGUUCUCGCCGAACAGUUGAGCAUCGCCUUCCUGUUGGUUGUGAAGGUGCCCUUCAACGCCGCCAUUGCCGUCACCUACAUUCUCGUCAUCAGCAUAGCCUUGGCCAGCGGCACUGUGCGUUCGUUCAAAGGCCUCCAGCCGUGGUUGCAGGAAAAUACAAAGGGUACGCAUACCCGUUAUGUGUCGUCGUUGCUGCACAGCAUUGCCUUUCAAUCGCGCAAAAUGAAUUGUACACCCACAGCGUCCGUUAUAUGCCCUAAACCGGCCGAUUUUCUACACGAACGUCUCGGCAUGGCCGAUCCUGAUGAAACCAUUGAUGUUGCCGCCUCGUGUGCUUUCGCCGUUGGGUUGGCGGCUUUUAAUAUGUUGCUCUAUCUAUUCCCGAUGCCCAGAUGUGUGAAACAGAAGUUCAAAGACUGAAAAAUUGGCGGGGAAGCGGAAACUUAUUGCUCCUUUUGAUCCAUUGUACUACAUUUUGGGUUAAGCUCUAUAAUAUUAUAAUUUCUAAUUAACAAUAAAUGUACUUAAGACUGUAA